AUGUUCAUUGACUUGCAACCAGCCGCAGCAACCAAAACUUUCAGCUCUCCCUCUCUCAUCUUCCCAAUUUCCUUCGCCUGAAAAUUCCUCAUCGAUCUCGGAGAUUUCUGACGGCACUUAUCUUUCAGACGAGAAUGUUUGUGUCGAAAAUUGUGGUUCCAUGCAGAGAAGUGUUAAUUUUGGGAAAUGGGAGCAAAAGCCUUGGUCGGCUGCUAACCCAGGAAGGCUGGAUGAUGGAUUCCGCGAGUUUGAGAUGUGGAGAAGUCCUGGAUUGUUUGAUCAACCAAGCUUGUUAGAAAAAAUAGCACCCAGGGAUGGAACUCAGCAACCUUUUUCCUACUUCGCUCGCCAAUGGGAUAGCGAUCUGAUAGAUCGUGCCUACUGCAUUAAAUGCAAGGCUUCACCAGGCAACUGUAUUGUCAGUCCCAACCUUCACAAGCAAUGUCAUUCAUGCAAGAAGGAUUUCUCCAGCUCAUUUAUAAGCUGCAGCUUCUAUAGCUGCAUUCAGCCGCAGAAACCUGCUGGGUUCUAUGACUCCUUUCCAUCUCUGUUAAAAGCGGCUUAUUCAGCCACGGCCAUCCAUCAUCUUCCAUCUUCCGCGCAACCCAACCAAAACCUGAGGAUCCAAAACUGCGGUCAGGGGUGAGUUGGAACUCCAGUUAUCCUGUUCGAUAUAUGUCGCAGAGAGGUCGGCCGUAAGCAUAUGGAGGAAAUACAGUUCCUCCAAUUUUGUGAUGCUUCGUGGAUCUCCCUGUGAAAUCUUGAGCCUGUACAGUUCUCUAGAUCUCUUUAGUUUGAUAUCUUCCUCGGAGUAAGCAGAUGGAGUAGAUUGUUAAGUAAUCCUCCAAAUUUUGGGAAUGCUUGCUCGAGCUCGUAAUAAUUUGGCUGCACAUAGCACCCAUGUAAGUAGACGAUGUAAAAAAGAACGGGGAAAUAAAAUGAAUAGGGCAGUGUGCGACAUCUUCUUUUGAUAGCAUUUGAAGUUAAAAGUUUUAUGAAUGCUUGCCAUUUUGAAGUUUGGACUGAAUAGA